GGGAGAGGAGCUGGUGUUGGGUGAGAGGGGCAGCCAGGUGGGUCACUCCUGCUACAACCGCACCCACUAACAUGUAGACCACCAAAUUAACACUUAUCUCUUGUUUCACUGUUUAUUUCUCACCUUUCUUGCUCACUUAGAUUCCCCCUUUUUUUCUUACCACUGGUACUGUAUAAAAUACCAUUUAAAAAAUGUGGUAAGAUGUUUAUUGUUCGUAACGUCAAAGUGAGGUUACAACCUACAAAGUUUAUCUGAUAUUCAUCGGUCUAUUAUCAGAAAUCUUAAGCAUAUCAGCAGAACCAAAUAUAAGACGUGUGUCAUGAUGCUGGGAAGUAAUCAGUCCAGGAGAAUAUAUUAAGGUAGGAGGGCGCACCAGAGCUCCAGCUGGCGACUUUCACACGACUCUGGUAUUUGUGAUGACUUCCACUCACCCUUCCUUGGCAAGAAAAAGAGUGUAUGAGAGACAGACAUAGGGAAAGGUGUGGGGAAGUAUUGGAUGAAACACUGCCUUUUACGGUAGGCUCUCUCCACAACCAGUUUUUCUCUCUUUACUUGACAAGAGUAAUAAGGAAUCAAACCCAGUUUGUUUAUAAUGCCACUGACAAAGCUUCCAGCGAAAGUUAUAAUCACUUAUUUACUGAAUAAACACAGCAAACACAUUGCUCUCCCACAAUUCUUUAUAUACAAUAUGAUUUUACAAUUUAUCAACUCUAUUUGGGCAGUUGUGCCUCAGCACUGAUCGGCUCGUUAGCCGCUUGGGCGAGGUAUUUCAUUUCGGGACAAUGAAAAUUACCACAGUAAAUCGGGUAAAGGUUGACGAUUUUAACUAUUUCACGAACCUGGUGUCCCGUAACUACAUAGGACACCAACCUCUGUGACGGGUGUGACAUAGCUCACACUUCUAUGGCAAGCCUACUCAGCUCGGCACCGCCCACUCCCCGGACAACUUACUCAAUAAACCCACGUUAAGCAAGUUUUAGGACACAACCACCAGCCACUCUGAUCAGUGAAGUCCUCGGGCCUCCACUUCUUUUGCCCGAAGCGUUGUAAAGCCUUUAUCACUAUCAGUCAGAGUACAUGCGUUGUGUACUUCUAGGACCAAAUUAAGUGGCUUUAUUAUUUGGCCAGGUCAGUGUCAGUCUCUGAAGACAGCGCUCUGCAGUCUACUUUUACAUUCAGCUUCACAAUAAAUCAAUCAUAUUGAAAGUCAUCAUUUAGGUGCUUCUUCUCGGGGGUUUCGGUGCUAAUACUCUAAGGUCAAGGAGCAGACCACUAGUCUCCUGGUGACGCGUGGAGGGUGACGCUCGACGACAGAGGCGGCUACUCCUGUAGAAGCGGAUGCCAAGAGAGCGACACAGGUUCUGUUUUACUCGACAAUGGUGGGGAAGGCCUCUCUGAGGAUAGCUGCUGGAGAGUGGGUGCCAUGGACGAGGGUGGAGAUGCUGGACAACGAUACCGUCACCAUCCACGGCCCCAUGGACAACUUACUCCGGAUCCUCGCUAAUAAACUGAACUUUGAAUACGAGUUGGUGCAGCCGCCAGACCGCAUGUGGGGAGUGGCUGGCCCAGACGGUAAUUGGACGGGAAUGUUGGGAAUGUUGCAGCGACAGGAGGUGGAAAUGGCGGUAGGGCCGUUCGCUGUGUCACGAGCUCGGGAGACAGUGUGUGACUUCUCUGAGCCAGUGUACAGUGAGAACAUGGCCAUUCUCAUGGUCCGUCCCAGCCUCCAGAGUGACCUGUCAGGCUUCCUCAAGCCCUUCACGCCCACCGUGUGGUCACUGGUGUUGGCGGCGAUGGUCUGUAUUUGCCUCACUUUCGCCACUGUCACCUGGCAGGAGGCGAAGCUCUUCAACACGUCUAACAGACGCCCCGUGUCCACCGCCGUCAUAUGGGUCUUCAAGGCACUCACACAGGAGAGCACUGAGUGGCUGCCAAAGACAGACGGGAGCCGCUUGGUGGUGACGACUUGGCUGUUGGCGUCGCUGGUGUUCAUGUCCUCCUACAGCGGCAUCCUGACGGCCAUGCUGACUGUGCCUCGGGUCACCAUCCCGAUAGACUCCGUGGAGGACCUAGUCACUCAGAAGGACCUCCAAUGGCGCCUAGAGGCUGGUUCUAUGAUGUUUCAGUACUAUCAAGAAGCAACGGAGGGGAUACGAAAGGCUGUGUUUGACGGUCAUGAGGGGACCUUCCAGGAUUGUUGGGCGGCACGACAGCCCAUCGCCCAGGGGCAGUUUGCUGGCAUUUGCGACAAGACCACUAUGAAAAAGGCCAUGUCCUGGGACUUCAGCUCGACGGGGCAGUGUCACCUGUACAUCUCCCGGGAGGUCGCUUACAGUAAUGUGAUGAUCGCUAUGGCCUACAGGACAAACUCUUCCUACAAAGAAAAGGCUGAUUAUUGGCUCAGAAGAGUAAAGGAAUCCGGGGUGAUCAACUUGUGGCUGCAGAAGGAGAUCACCAACACCUCACAGUGCCUCCUGCCGCCUUCCGCUGGCAAGUCUACCAACACGGUGUCAGGCCUCGACCUGGACUCCUUCAUGGGGUCCAUCAUAGUGCUGGCCGGAGGUCUGACGACGGCGAUGUUAGUAUUCCUGCUGGAGCUGUGUGUGAGCUGGACGUUAGCGAAGUGUGACAUACUUACCACACCGUCCACCAGUAUUUCACCUAUAUUAAUACAAAUCUAAUCACAACGACGCUUUGAAUUACGAAGAAGAUGGUGAUGUAGCUUGGUCAAUGUCGACUGCACGAUGCUGGAACUGAGUUCUACUUGUUGUGAGAAGCAAUAUUCAUCAACACAUUCUGUACUGACAUCAUAGGUAUCACGUAUUACAUCAUAUUUGUUACUAGAGUAAACAAGUCCGAGUAGAAAACACCUACAUGCACUAAUAGAGUUUUUGGUCUUACUGAUAACCUACACGUAUUAAUAUACUUGUAGGCAUAUCGUUUUUACAAGGCUCCAAUUGAGUGCGAGGGAAAAAAACACAUUUCAUGGGCUUACGACAGCCCUAACUGCCCCUAAAUGCCUUGAGUUUGCAAAUUGCAUGUUUCAAAUAACUUGUAAAUGCACCUUCAACAUAUCUCCUCUUCAUUUCACCUGCUGACACCUACUGUAUAUAACCAAUAGGUCGAUAUUUUACCGAUUGUUAUUUUCCUCAUUCCCCGUUCUAGUUUUUAUGGUAGUUAAUUAUGUCCGCGUUCAACUAUCAUUCUCCCUUCCUCUCUUUCCUUUUCCCUUCUCCUUCUCAUCCCUUCCUCUUCCCUUCUCUUCUCGUUUUCUUCUUUUCGACUUAUAUUCUCUUCCUUUCCCCUCCCCCUCCCCUUCUCCUUCUCAUCCCUUCCUCUUCCCUUCUCAUUCCCUCUCCCUUCUCUUCCCGUUCCCUUCCCUUCUCCCUGCACUUCGAUCCACUAGAUUGCCUCCAGAACAUGCGAUACUCUCUGACACACAAUACCCCUAAUUCUACAGUAAACACAGAAAAUGUUGUUAACUAUCACCAAAUGGAAACAUUAACAUAAUGUCCGUAAAGCUCACAACAAUGUAAACACAGAAUAUAUACUAUCUAUUAUAUCAAAACCAUAUGUUAUAAUUUAAUUAUCAAAACUUGUAGAAAUUGGUGUUUAGAUGUGAAUAAUAAAUCUAUUUAGCAAAUAAUA